AUGAAAUCGGGUCUGUUUCAGGUUACUUCAGGAGCUGGUAGCAUUGCUCAGAGAGCAGGUGUUGCUGCACUCGGGUUAGGAAAAGCCGGAGGAGAAACUGUAGCUGAGAUGGUGAAAGCAUACAGAGAAAGACGAGACUUCUUGGUUAAAAGCCUCGGUGAAAUCGAAGGCGUCAAGAUCUCCGAACCUCAGGUUGCUAUGGUUCCUGGUGAUGCUUUUGGGGAUGAUACUUGUAUUCGGAUAUCUUACGCCACAUCUAUGGACGUUCUACGAGUUGCGGUUGAGAAGAUCAGAAAAGCCCUUGAGCCACUUCGAGCCACUACCUCUGUGUAA